UGGCUUUCUGAGGCCCUCCAAAGAAUGAGGAGGCACGUGGCUGCUGCUGCUCGAUGACACCAAUAUGGGGCCUGCAGAGCUCACAAAUAUAUCCAGCCUCUGUGAAGGGCCAAGGAAGCACACAGAGAUGGCAGCUGAGCCUGAGUUUUCACUUCUAGAUGGCGGCAUGUCAGCCGAGGUGCAGGAGCUGGGUGGUGAGGAGUCCAGACCGCCUACAGGAUCCAACAUGCAGGCACCAGGCUUUGAUAUGAUUUACAGGAUCGAGGAUGUACCACCCUGGUACUUGUGUAUGUUGCUUGGACUUCAGCACUACCUGACAUGUUUCAGCGGGACAAUCGCUGUGCCAUUCCUAUUGGCUGAUUCAAUGUGUGUGGGGCGGGACCAGUACACCGUGAGCCAAUUAGUUGGUACAAUUUUUACCUGUGUGGGCAUCACUACUCUCAUACAGACCACCUUUGGAGUCAGGUUGCCCCUGUUCCAGGCCAGUGCAUUUGCUUUCCUUAUCCCUGCUCAGGCCAUUCUAGGACUGGAGAGGUGGAAGUGUCCUCCUGAAGAGGAGAUUUAUGGAGACUGGACCCUUCCUCUCAACACCACUCAUAUCUGGUACCCCCGGAUUAGAGAGAUUCAGGGAGCCAUCAUCAUAUCCAGUUUGGUAGAAUUGGUUAUUGGGUUGGUGGGGCUCCCUGGGCUCCUGCUCAACUCCAUCGGGCCACUGACUGUUACGCCCACUGUGUCCCUCAUCGGCCUGUCCGUCUUCCAGACUGCAGGGGAACGAGCAGGCAGCCACUGGGGCCUCUCUCUGCUGUGUGUCUUCUUCAUUGUGCUCUUCGCUCAGUAUCUGAGAAACUGGGCCUUCCCUUUUCCAUUUUAUUCUAGACAGAAAGGCUGUCACACCACUCGCUUCCAGAUAUUCAAGAUGUUUCCGAUCAUCAUGGCUAUCAUGCUGGUAUGGCUUGUGUGUUAUAUUCUCACUCUGACAGACGUGCUGCCCAACGACCCAUCAAAGUAUGGCUACAAGGCUCGCACUGAUGCCAGAGGGGAGAUCAUGUCCCAGGCUCCGUGGUUCCGCAUCCCCUAUCCCUGUCAGUGGGGCUUACCCACAGUAACGAUAGCUGGCGUGCUGGGAAUGUUCAGUGCCACACUAGCUGGCAUAGUGGAGUCUAUUGGAGAUUACUACGCCUGUGCCCGUCUCUCUGGAGCUCCCCCACCCCCUGUUCAUGCCAUCAACAGAGGGAUCUUCACAGAGGGCGUGUGCUGCAUCAUUGCAGGCCUGCUGGGCACAGGAAAUGGCUCCACUUCUUCUAGUCCUAAUAUCGGAGUGCUUGGUAUCACCAAGGUGGGCAGUAGACGAGUGGUGCAGUAUGGUGCAAUCAUAAUGUUGGUUUUGGGGACCAUUGGCAAGUUCACAGCUCUGUUUGCCUCACUCCCAGAUCCAGUGCUUGGAGGCAUGUUCUGUACCCUGUUCGGUAUGAUCACGGCUGUGGGUUUGUCUAACCUGCAGAGUGUGGACCUGAACUCCUCACGGAACCUUUUUGUUCUGGGCUUCUCCAUGUUCUCUGGCCUUAUGCUUCCCAACUAUCUGGAAACUCACCCAGGCAGCAUCCAAACAGGUAUGCCAGAGUUGGAUCAAAUCCUUACAGUGCUCCUGACUACGGAAAUGUUUGUUGGAGGAUUCUUAGCAUUUUUAUUGGACAACACCAUACCAGGGACGAGAAAAGAGCGUGGCCUCUUAGAGUGGAAGGCUGAGGAUUCUUCUGUUACAGGUGGUGUGAACUCAGACACAUAUAACUUCCCCGUUGGCAUGGGGCUGGUAAGGCGGCUUGGCUGCCUGCGCUACCUACCUAUCUGCCCCACUUUCCAGGGCUUUAAGCUACGCCAGCGCAGAAACAGCUCGUGUGAGGAACAGGACUUCAAGAAAGUUAAAAGUGUGGUGAUUGACACUCCAGUGAAUGUAACCACCAAAGUGUAGCCAUAAUUUUGUACUUUACUGCUUGAAUUUAUCGUACUUUUACAAAUGCUACCAGAUUUUUCAAGGGACAUUUUUUCAUGUAUUUAUUGCUGCAUUAUGAGCACUAAAUGUUGAAUUCACACUUUAAAUUAUAAAUAUACACGUAUUCACAGUGCCAAACUGUGAGCGGGUCUUUUAAUUCAGAAUGACAUUGAGCAGAAGGUGAUUAAUUUGGCUAAAAUAAAUGGAGCGUAAAUUGUUUGUGAGUAUUUAAUUGUAUACAAAAUUCAAAAGUGAUCAACAAAAAACUCAAAAAAAUUCUUCAGAUUCUACAAGAGUAAAGAUGCAAUCAUACAUCUUUUUGUAAAAAUACAAUGUUAAGCAUUAACUUAAAUGAACACAGUUCUACUAUGUGAUGUAGGAUAUUUAAGAAAAAGGCUUGAUAUAUUGUUAAAACAAUCAAUGUAUCUGACAUACAUACUUCUAAAGUUUAAAAAAUAUACACCCUCUUUUGUCUUAGUAAAUUAAUCGUUAGGUGGGAUGUGUAUGUGUACAAGAGUGCCUAAGGGCAGUGCAACAUUUCAGCUAAAUACUCCUGAUUUAGGCACUGGUCUGUGGAUCUGUCUCUUUGUUUCUGUUUUCAUUGAUUUAAAAGAAGCAUAGACAGAUCUCCAUCCCUCAUUCAGCUCAUUCAUCACAAAAGUUCAGUGGGAUUUGCAGAGAGGCCUUCGGUGAGAGCACAGACCUCUUGUAAGCAGAAGUGACAGAGAGAGAACAAUAAACACAUCUACAAGGCACCAAAGGAAAGUGACCCGAUACAUACUUUACAAUACUGUGCGGAUCAGUUCCAAUUAAACAAUUUUAGCUCAUAUAAUAGUUAUAAUGAACAUAACUAUUUCAAAAUAAAAUGACACUGUGCAGCUUA